UGUGACAGUUUAAUGGCUACCAUCAUCAAAGGCAGCGUUGUCACAUUUGAAAAACAAAUCAUUAUUGCCAUACACAAUUCGUAAUUAUCGUACCUACAUGCAAAAUUGUCUAUGAACUCUACGAAUAGUUUCAAGAAUUUACCCUUUUUUCGUGAAGGUGGUGAGUUAAGCUUUUUCUAUAGUUACCGACACUUGAAGGGAAAGUGCGAUAAAUAAAUUGAGAACUUGUUUUGGUCAAGCGAAUAUCUUUAGUGUCUAACACAAAAGAUGUAAAGAAAAGAAUCGGUCGAUUGAUAAACAGUUUCUUGGUGUCGAUGCCGACAAAGAAGACUUUGAAACAUGGACCAAUUUCAAAAGGUCGUGAAUGGGAAUGGGAAUGGGAAUGAAACAACAUCUAUCGAUCUGUCUCGUUUAAAUCAAUUUGCCCUGCGCGAUACCGAUGGUACAUAUCAAUUCAUUACGAUGCCACCCAGGUCCAUAGAACAGGAAUACAUUGAUCAUAGCCUAUUAACUCCCGACUAUCUGGGCGAUAAUAUACAAAACGCUUUAGUUGUUGACCUACUGCAAACAUCGAAUGGAAAUACCGCGUUCCAGCAACAGCACCCAAGUGACCGUCAAUUUUUAACCGAAAACGAAUUAGUCGGAGAAGUGCAAAUACAUCACGAUCUGAAUGAGGCUAACGACAAUCGGGUCAAACAGGCGCUACUCCAGUACAUAAACAAAAGUUAUCAGAAUCCGCCACAAAUCAUCACUGCUGAGCAUUUGGUGAAUGUGAAGCAGAUAGAACCGGAAAUGCCGCCGUUAGCUCCAAUAAGAAAUCUCUACAGUUAUCCGCGAGGACAACAACAGGCUCAAUCCGUUCUUACCAAUCACGUACAGAAACCAGAAGAUGACGGACGGAAUUUGAAGCAGUUCGACUACGACGACAGUGAGUGCAACGAGUCGAUUCAAUCGCGAUUGGCAACCAAAAAGAAUCUUCCGCACAAGAAGCGCAUCGUGACCAAACUGAAGAUAAUCAACAAGAAAGGAGCCGACAAUAAAACGUUGACCAAUGGUCGUGACACUGCUGGCGCAACAAAAUACACCUGCGAAUUGUGCGGCUUUCAAACCAGUGAACAAUUGAAUUUCUUUUCCCAUCUCAAGCUACACUACGAACCGUCCAGUACGAAUGUGGAACAGCCGAUCAUCGAAAAUGCCAUCGUGCAACGGGACGACAUCAGUUUGCCAGUGUUGAAAAUCGAAAAUUUGAACAAUGAAAUCACCGAACACGAUUCGAGUACAAUCGAUGACGAUGUGGACAACGAUGAAUUUGAAUCGUCGGUCGAGUUUCCCACAUCGAAUAUGUUGAAUUCCAAUGAAAAAUCGACUUUAAUCGACCAUGCCAACGAUGAAUUUAGUGAUACGGAAGAUAUGCUGGAAGGGAUACGCAGCGUAGUCGAUAAGGUACAGCAGUCGGUGGAAAAUGAUUUGAUUGCAAUUGGCAACAAUACAAAAGAUUGGUUCGAUAAUCACGGGAAUCUGUCUUCUACAUUCGAUGCAGAGAGUCAGGACAAUAUUGAUCGCAAACACACGAGCGACCUGUACGGAAAUAUCAGUGCUAUCGAAGGAAUCGCGAACGAUCCAGUCGUGUACGACGAAUCGUUGGCUCAGAACAAUAUCCUCCGUACUGAGUUGGAUAAACCGAGUAAAGAGGCAAUUGAUGUGAAGCCUACGCUGACGCUUCGAGAGAUGCGAGAAAAUUAUGUCGAGGAACGAGAGGAGAACGAUAUGGAAUCGAAAAAGUCCAAAGGCAGAAAGAAGAUCUACGUGUGCAAAGUGUGCGAAAAAGUGUGCAAUUCGCGGAACGCUUUGCAUUACCAUUUCCUGUCACAUUCGGGUGAACGACCUCACGUGUGUGAACAAUGUGGCAAGCGGUUCUAUUCCAUCAGUGCGCUGAAAGUUCAUCGUCGGGUGCAUACCUUGGAGAAACCAUUUUCUUGUGACCACUGUGGCAGAGCGUUUAGACAGUGGGGCGAUCUGAGUUAUCAUAUAACGUCAAUUCAUACCGAAGAGAAGUCACACACCUGCGAGUUCUGUGGCAAGGGAUUUGCUAGAAGGUAUUCCCUAGUGAUUCAUCGUAGGAUACAUACGAACGAAAGGAAUUACAAAUGUGACUUUUGUACCAAGUCGUUCCGAGCCAGUUCAUAUCUACAAGAUCACCGAAAAAUACACACCGGCGAAAAAAACCACAAAUGUACCACAUGUGGAAAACUAUUUCGCGUCCGUGGUGACCUGAAACGGCACCUGAAGAUUCAUCUGAGAUUAAUUGAGAAAGAACAAACGCAGAAACUGAAAGACGAAGCCGAAAUCGUCGACAGCCUGGUGGUUUACAAUGACAAUAACGCUGCUGCCGAUUACACAUGCAACAAGCAAAUAAGCAAAGACACCGUCAAGACGAAUAUAAUUUAUGGCGAUGCAACUAAUGGUGAUAUUUUCAACGAUACGACUGCUGUUUCGAACGAAGUCGCCGGUACUGCUUCCAAUAACAACAUAGAAAGUAACAAUUUUCGGUCGCCGCGGAAGAGAAAAGCAAAGUCAACGCCGAAGCAGAAGAAAACGAAGAUCCAAGAGAGUUUGCAGGACAAUUUCUCAGUAUUUCAAUUGCCAGCGAGCAUACAAAAUUCGGGAUCUAUAGUCGCGUCGAUGCCAGUUGGUAUCAAUAAAAUUCUGGCAAAACCGGACAGGACAGAUGGUGUCGCCGUAUCGGUAGCCGAUGAACAAUAUCAAAUUUUCCUGCUCGAAGCGUAAAACGAAGUCCGGUGUGGAUGUAAAUAGUAGGAAUAAACAUUUUUUCAAUUUCGUAAAA